GACUGUCUAGCUCUCCGAGAAGUAAAAAAAAAAUAAUUAUUCUGUAAAAUUAGUUAGUAAAGCUAAGCUAGUAAAAACGUUUUUUCAAAAUUGUUUCGUGUUUAACGAUUUUAAGCGAUUUAGUGUACAGGUGAAAACCGAAAGUUUAGCCGUAUGUCUCAGAAUCCCGAGGACUUCGGGCAAUUGGAAAAUGCACAAGAUUUUCAUAGCUAUAGAUCAGCCAAUCAUCUCCAUUACUAUGGCCCAAACCCAACGCCGAUCCUUAAUAAGGUACGCACCAACCAUUUAAGUGAAAACAACGGGCCUCAACACACACAACAACACACAGUACCACACUAUUCCGCACCACAGUUAGCUGCAGUGAAAUUUGGCAAGAAACAGCAGACACUUCCACAAAAGCAUCCAACUGAACUGCCAGAAGAGGGCCUGCAGUUUUCCGUGGAACAUAAUCUACAGUCCAGACAGCCAACGGCUGAAGAAGAAUACCAAAUAGAGCAGCAGCCAGACGCGUGCGUCCCCGAAGCUGGUGUGGAACCAACAUCCAAGCGAACCAUUGUUAAAGCCCUUUACCAGAUUUUGCACGUAAUUGGGUCGAAAAAAAAGCGGCCUUGGGGAGAGCGCAGCCGAGCCCAGCAACUGUUCGAAAUCUCACUGUGCCAGGAAACACUCUUUAAGCUGUGGAAGGAUUUAAAAGCUGUGCCGGAGUACGAGCUGUCCGCCGAGGAAUUAACGCCAUUGGUGGCCUUUCAGAAGGACAUUGAGCAAAUAGAAAAACUUGUAGGCGAUUCGAUGGGAUUGAACUUGUUGGAUAAACUGCGAAACCUCUUGAAAAGCUGGACACGUCAGAAAAAUGAAACUGCCACUGAAGUAGCCGUAACCGGCGACGGAGCACAAGGUCCACGCAGCAACGAAGCCGCCAUCGACGAAGGAACUCUACAAUUAAAGAACAGAACCACCAGAAAGCGUUCUGGAGGAAAACGGGACGGCGGCAAGGAAAAUUUCAUCAAGUAUCGCCGUGUGGAAAGCACAUUUCCCCGUUUCAUUUCGCAACCGAUUGCCGAGGACAUGCCCACCACCAGCGCGUCAGCGUCUUUUGCUGAGCAGGAAUCAGGAGCAAUGACCCGUAUGCAGAUACCCUCUUCGGGUAACAAGCGUCUGUCCAUAUUUAAUGAGCCACGAACCGCACAUCAAGUCAUACGAUAUCAUGGCGUCGGCAAUAAUAUAGAACUAUCCGACGAUGAUGAGCCGCCAGUCGAUGGCUAUUUCUUACUGUCGCUCGGUAAUGGGCGUACUGGCACUGCUUCCUCAGCCAGUUGGGGUCCGAAGGGUCGGUCCUCAUCACAUGGGGACGCUGCUGCUCCUGCAGCGGCACCCUCAUCGCUUGUACGCCCCUCGCUGCUGUAUGCGGAUGCGGUGCGUCUGGGCCAGAAUGGCUACACCGAGCAACCACACACAAACAUGAAUGGACAUCAGCAUCAUCCGCAUCAUUCGCACUCCAUUCGCGGAUCCCCAAAUCACGACAGUCUUCUCAUGCGCAUGGAGCGUCUCGCCGAGCGUGAGCAGUACGUGAAUUUCGUAAGCGACGUGGCCAUCAGUGAGUUUAGAAAGCAAACCAGCCGCACAAACCCGCCGCCACUCCUACCAAUGGCCAGUUGGACAGCCAUGGUGAAGAAGAACCCCAAUGCCAACACGCAAGACCUUCGAGCCGAGUACUCCAGGCAGGUGCAAAAGGCCAAGGAGAGCGUCCCCAGGCCAACACCACCGCAACAGACAUCGAUGCACCAGUCUGUCUUCGAGCUAAACUCAACGGACAGCAACUCGGGUAGCGGCAGCGGCAGCGGCAGUUCGCCCCCCGUUCAAGUGGCAGCCAAAGGUGCACCACCACAGCCCGUCAUAAUUGAUCUGGAUAGUAGUUCGAAUGAAAAGCCCGCUGCAAAAAGUGAUGCGGAGCACCAGAAGAAAUUCCAGACGAUGCAACAGCCUUUAAGCGAAAUCAUCUUCUUUCGAGAUGAUUAUGAGCAGAAGUUCAGGCAGCGCGAGCAGCGUCAACGCACGGAAGUGAACCAUCACCGUGAGCUGGCACACGUCGACGCUGACAAGUUAACCGAAGAGCGUCGCCGUCUGGAGGGUACAUUCCGAUGGACCGUCUUGGACUACCGCAUGGGAUGUUUGGCCAUGACACCGAAGACGGGUGCCGAGCAGGAGGAAGUCGAGCCGGAUAUUGAGUUUAUUCCCAUCAGCGAAGAACAGCAAAGGGAGCUGCAUGAAAUGGUCACUGGCGAUCCUAAUGAUCCGCUGAUCCGAAAAUAUUCGCUUACAAUAACGAAAAAGUAUAUUCGCUCAUUGACCGGGCUCACCUGGCUGAACGAUGAGGUGAUCAAUUUCUAUAUGAAUAUGAUCAUCGAACGAUCAGAGCAGAAGGCGGGCAUACUGCCCAGUGUGUAUGCCAUGAACACAUUCUUUAUGUCACGUCUGCUUAAGGACGGGUUUAGUGCUGUGAAGCGCUGGACACGUAAGAUUGAUGUGAUCAGCAAGGACAUUAUUGUGGUGCCGGUACACUUUAAUGGCAUGCAUUGGUGCAUGGCCAUUAUACACAUGAAGAACCAAACAAUCUUCUACUACGACUCGCUAGGAAAUCCGAACAACGCGGUCCUCGACGCGUUGAAAAACUACGUGCAGGAAGAAUCAUUGGAUAAACGCAAGCAGCCCUUUGACGUUAGCGGCUUUCGGAUCGAAAAUAUCCUAAACGGACCGCAGCAGACGAACGGUAGUGACUGCGGCGUCUUCAGCUGUAUGACAGCUGAAUAUAUAACUCGGGACAAGCCGCUCACAUUCAGCCAGGAGCAUAUGCCCUACUUUAGAAAGAAAAUGAUGCUAGAGAUUGUACAUGGGCAGCUUUGGAAAUAGGUGACAGCUUCUCUGUUUGUCAUGCUCCUCGCAAACAAAAACAAAAACAAACUAACCCACACACAGCCCAUACAGACAGUAAAGUCCACACCCUUGCACUAAGCUAACAAAUCUAGCAAUAAGGAAAAGUUUAGGAUUAAUCAAUUAGCUGGCGAAUGAACUAAUAAGUGUGUUGAGUGGACACACUUAUUAAUUUAUUCGAUUAAGACGUACGAAACAUAUUGGGAAGAAUGGCAGAUGUCUAAAUCUAUCCCCAUCCUCAUACACUCCCAAAGGGGAACACAACAUUUUAAAAGUUACUAAAUCAAUGAUGGUCCACGAACCAAAAGAGCAGCAGCAAUCGAGUAAGCAAGCGCUUCAACAUAUUUAUUUAAUUUUUCAGUGUAAGAUUUGAUUCGGUUUUUUUUUUCAUUUUGAUAACACAACAGCAAUGAAGCAAUACGUUAGACGUAGCAUAAUAAGGAGCUACCUUUUGAACCUUGGAUGGGGCUCCAUAUAAUAAAAAAACGAAUAUAAUAUGUAACAUAACAUAAUAUAA